AUGAACGCCCUCCGUCUUCCGCUUCUUCUUCUGGCUCUCCUCGUCAUUUGUGCCGCUUUCGACAAGUUUUCGGUCAGUAAGGACAAGAAUGUCCGGGCUAAUUUGAAGGUGAGCACUGAAAUUGCGUAGGAAAACUUGUAGACAUUGUCAAUUUCCAGCACCCGAUCUCCCGCCGAGUCUUGCGGUACGAGCGCUCCGUCGCCUAUGAGGACUUCCCGACACCAGGAGAAAUGGCUCCCAAGUACGUGCCGAUUAUGGAUUUUGCCAAAGUUCGACCGUAAGUUCGGAGCACAAAAACUUUCAAGAAACAAGAAAUUUGCAGAGAAAUCCCAUCGAAAACGAAGCACAACUCGGAGUUUGCCGACUCGGAAUACCAACCGGACCUCGACUUUUAG